CCGACUGACUGUCCCUGGGUCUCCGAGGAUGUCCCACGCCAAUUCGAACCUGGUUCUUCUGGUUUGCGUCCAGAGCUUAAGACUUUGUUGUUGUUGUCUGGGAACAGAUUAUCCUCCCAGGUAUUACCCCUAAAGCAAAUACGAUUCUUAAUCACGCUGAGUACCAUAGAAUAGCUGUCUCAAUAUUAAACUGUUCACAGCCCUAUCAUUCAUUUAUUUUUUCAUUUACCUAUUUAUUUAUUUAUUCAUUUAUUUAUUCAUUUACUUAUUCAUUUAUUUUAUAGUGAGGAGCUCCUGUAAACUUACAGUAUUCCUCAAAUUGGGAAAUGAGCAGAUAAAAAUGUCAAAAAUAUAAAUUCUUAAGGAUCAACCUGACGUGAAACCAGCUCAUUUUUAAGGGCCUGGGCCCGGUUACAUAAAACCUGCACUCACGUGCUCAUUUUAAGCAGGUCACGUGGUAACUUACGGCUCACUUAAGGGCACACGUAACUUGGUUUAAGUACUUUAUAUUACUGACUCACUAUUUUUUGAAGUGAGUGCAGCCACUUAAGUGAAUUCUCUAAGUGGACCACUUAAGUGAUUUAAUUUUAAUGCAACUCACUUAAGUUACGAGUACGCGUACGUAUACCCGUCAUUAUUACGGUCGUUUUAUGCAACCGGGCCCUGUUUACAUGGAGAAGGGGGACCCAAGAUAGGUGAGGUAACCCGCUUAGACAGGGUAUAAACCGCCUGUCCAUAUAAUCUCUCAUUUUAAUUUGAUCACGUUUACAUCAUAGGUGGGUGACCCGUCAAGGCAGAUUACACGGUCUGCCGUCUAACACGGGACGAAAAAUUGGAUUUACUGCACUUUUGACACGCGUCAAAAGUUAAGUCAAAUAUGGUAUUGGCUUUGACUUCACCUUUGACGUGCGUCAAAGAUGUCGCCAAAUAUAUAACCUCUUUGCGUACUCCUUUGACCUCGGUAAAGGUGAAGUCAAAUUGGUAACAAAUUUGACUUCUCCUUUGACGCGCGUCAAAGAUGAAGUCAAAUGCGUCAAUGCUUUACUAUUCCUUUAACCCUUAUCAAAGGCGUUUUUCAAAUAUGCUGGUAACUUUGACUUUACCUAUGACGCACGUCAAAGAUGAAGUCGGCUGCGACCACACCUUUGAUAUUAGUCAAAAUACGACCGCUACACUUUUACAACACUUUUGAAUGGUGUCAAAGGUGAGAGCAGAUAUGCAACGAAUAUUACUUCUACAAACACCUAUGUCGAAAGGGAUAUUAAGAAAGGAAAUUAAAACGCUGUUUUUAAAUACUGUUUUAAAGAUAUUUAUACGACAAUACCGAACACAGGCUGGUAAUCAUGGCAAUUGCUGUUUUGUAAUGAUUUUUGAAAAUGUUCUGGAAUAUGUACUUUUUCGAAGUGAAAAAUUUUUUUUUUCUUAUCUUGAGUGGAUCAUUUCCCCUUGAUCGAUCAAUAUACGAUGUAAUGAUAGCAACACAAAACAAUGACUCAAAAAUUGGACGAUGGAAGACUGAACCCAAGCAAGACACCCUGUUUUUGGCGGCUGCAAACUCUCUCCGCCCACGCAAACAAACAAACAACGCAGAUCUGAAGAAACCAAAAGCUGCUUUUUUGUACGAAGCAGUCCAGCUUUUGUUAACAAAUAUUUUCACCCUUAUCUUUGAUAGAGUUUAGACCACAAACUUGUUCAAAAGGUAUGUGUCAUUCUUUUCUUUGUAUGCAUGCAAUAUUUGCUCUUCAAACUUCAUAGUUGUUUUACUAUGUUAAGCUUAUAGAAACCAACUCCGAACAGGCUCUUAUGUCGUGUUUGGGAGCUUUUCUGA